CAAUCUCAAUCAUUGUUACAUUACAUUUCGCGUAUUAUUCUAUUCAACGCUCAUUACAUUCUCUCUCCUUUCUCGCCAUCUGCCUCCUUUCCUGCGACACUUUCCACAUUCAUCUUUCUUCCGAUUCAAUUCGAUCUCUCGCACCGUUUUCCAAAUCGCCAAGCAAUUGAUUGUGAUGGGUCUAUAUGGCAAGUAGCAACCAAAUUGGAAUUGAAGAGAGUUGAUGAUUGGUUGUGGGGGGCUGUGGAGGGUUCUUAUGAAGAGUUCUGGAACUACUGAGUUAAAUUCUUUCUACCCUAUUCGACCUGAAUGCCAAGCUGAUGUUCCAACAACUCGUUUUAAACCAAGGUCUGGCAAGACUUUAAGUGCAAGAAGAUGGCAAGCAUCGUUUGAUGCAGCUGGUCGAUUGGAUAUCGCAAAAGUGCUGAGACGAAUACAACGGGGGGGUGUUCAUCCUUCAAUCAAAGGGGAGGUAUGGGAGUUCUUACUAGGUUGUUAUGAUCCUAACAGUACACUUGAAGAACGGAAUGAGCUCAUGCAACGCCGGAGGGGGCAGUAUGAUAUGUGGAAAGCUGAAUGUCAAAAAAUGGUCUCAGUCAUUGGUAGUGGGAAAUUUGUUACAACACCACUCAUCGGUGAUGAUGGCGAGCCAACAGAUCCAUCCGUGGUAGGCGCCAAACCUUCAGAUAAUAAAGUUUUGCAGUGGAUGCAGUUAUUACAUCAGAUUGGUCUGGAUGUUGUUCGAACUGACCGAGCCCUUGUCUUUUAUGAAAGUGAAUCUAAUCAAGCAAAACUUUGGGAUGUUCUAUCGAUUUAUGCUUGGUUGGACAAUGAUAUUGGUUAUGUACAAGGAAUGAACGAUAUAUGCUCACCUUUGGUUAUGCUUAUUGAGAAUGAAGCAGAUUGCUUUUGGUGCUUUGACCGUGCGAUGCGUAGGAUGAGAGAGAACUUCAGGUGCACUGCAAGUUCAAUGGGAGUGCAAUCUCAGUUGGGUACACUCUCACAGAUAAUGAAAACAGUCGAUCCCAAGCUUCAUCAUCACCUUCAGGAUUUAGAUGGUGGAGAGUAUCUCUUUGCAUUUCGCAUGCUGAUGGUUCUUUUCCGUAGAGAAUUUUCUUUUGCAGAUACUUUGUAUCUUUGGGAGUUGAUGUGGGGCAUGGAAUACAACCCAAACAUCUUCGCUAAGUACGAGGAUCCUGAUCGUGCUAAAACAAAUGCACCUACAACUGCAGUAAAUGACAAAGUUCUGAAGCAAUAUGGAAAGUUUGAGAGGAAAAAUUUAAAGACAGGGCAUAAGGAUGAAAAUUGUGCACUAGCUGUUUUUCUUGUUGCUAGUGUUCUUGAGACCAAGAAUAAGCGGAUUUUAACUGAGGCCAAGGGUGUGGAUGAUGUUGUCAAGAUAUUGGGUGACAUAACAUCAAGUCUUGAUGCUAAAAAAGCAUGUACUGAAGCAUUGAAAAUUCAGAAAAAGUACAUUGAGAGGACCAAGAAGGCAUGACAGAACAACAUUAGAUUUUCAGUAAUUAUAUGAUGGCAGAUGUAGUUGCACGAUCCUCCCAGGUUUUCAGUUGCUCUUGAAAGGCCAUUGUUUCCUUUAUUUCAUUUAUUUUCCUUAGCUAUAGCAAGCAGGUCCUCGUUUUGAUUCUAAUCCUUUGAAUUCUUCAAUAUGGAUGUCAUUAGAUAUAGAAAACCAGAAAACGUCAGUUUUCUUAGAUAUGAUAUAAACUCUUCCAUUCAUUUACUGAGAUUGUUAAGGGGAAAAGCUUUUAUUGAUUGUACUGGCUUAUGUAAUGUUAAAAUUACCUUCAUAUGUUGCAAUAUAUAGGAAAGAAAGAUUUUUCCACAA